UAUCUGCCCUUGCACCGUGCUAUCCGGGCACUCCCUGGAUCCCGAUCUCCAUUCCGGCUACUUGAAAAAGGAAGAGCGUCUGGAGAAGUUCUCUCAGCGGCGUCAGGCAAGAAGGGGCAGCCUCUGCCUCCGCUUUUCCACCCGGCCAAAGGAGACCCGGAGCCGACCCCUCCCCGCCCGGGCCACGCCGGUGCCAAGCUCCUGCGCCAAUCGAAGGCUCGCAAAGAGUAAGGGAAGAGAUCUCAUUGGCUGAGCGAUCUGCAUGCAUCAAAUAGAGGAGGAUGGCACGGGAGCCGGGCGAGCAGCGGUGUUAUCUUGGAGGCACUUUCACAGAGGGACCCGGCAGGUGACAACUCUCCGGAGGUAGAGCGCCCGAGAGCGGAGCUGCUGUGUCCCUGGCGGGUCCAGCCAAAAGCGUAGCCCCAGCACCGCUUUCCAGCAUGGCACGGGAAGACCAUGGUGGCAAUGGGAUUUGUGCUCCUUACUUGGCGGGCGCCGGGCGUCCACACUAGGAAGAGAGCCAGGUGCUUGGCUACCUCCACGGCGGGGAGAGGAGACCAUGUCCCCGAAGCUGGGCACCUUCUCGACUACUUGGAUCGUUCCCCACGCACGGCGGCACCUGCCCGGCACUUGUAGGGCUGUGCUGAGGAGGAAGCUGCAGGUAGGGCUCGAGAGGGAACCGCUGUUCCUUUCCCCCGUCUAACUGCCACCCACCCCCUCCUCCCGCGCCCUCCGCGAGAGACGACGCGAGUCCCCACCCAGCUUCUCGCCCUAAGAGCUCUGUGGAAAGCGGGCCGGUAAGGAUGGUGGUGGGCAGCGUCCGUCCAGCGGAGCAGCAGAUGGCACGCUGGAACCUGAGCGGGCGAGGAUUCCAGCUGGCGUCGUUCCAGGAACACCAUUUAUUCCACCAGCCCUCGCGAGGAACUUAUCCGGGGAGGCCCUAAGAAGAGCCCGAGGGGCUGGCUGGCAUCCCGCUUCCAGGAGAAACGCCGAGCAACUACCUGCCGCUCUGGCUGGCUAAGCCGAGCUGCUUCCAGGCGUCGCCUGUCCCCGUCCCUCGCUGCCGUCUUCCCCAGUCCUCUGCCGUUUGGGGGGAAAUCCUGAAGGAGUACCCAGAAGGAAAGAGUGGUGAGAGAAUGAAGAAGCCAACUGAGCAGGAGAAGCAUGAGGUGGCAGCGCGGCACUCGAUUUAAUGGUCUCCGGCUGAUGGUCCCAUGGUUGUCAUCAGUCUUGGUCCUGAUUCUGGGAUUCUGGGGCCCGGCUACAGCUGUUGCAACACCACAUGAACAGCAUGCCUCAACUGCUUUCUCCAGCCAAGUACCAUUGGACUGGUUGCUUACUGAUCGAGGACCAUUCCACCGAGCACCAGACUAUGUUGACUUUAUAGAGCGCUAUCGGCAGGGUUUCACCACUAGAUACAGGAUCUACCGAGAAUUUGCUCGUUGGAAAGUCAAUAACUUGGCAUUGGAAAGAAAAGAUUUCUUCAAUUUGCCUUUGCCUCUGGCUCCAGAAUUCAUCCGCAACAUUCGUCUUCUGGGGCGUCGGCCCAGCCUUCAACAGAUCACAGAGAACCUGAUUAAAAAAUACGGGACCCAUUUCCUUCUCUCAGCAACUCUUGGAGGGGAAGAAUCCUUGACCAUUUUUGUGGACAAACGGAAGCUCAGUCGGAAGGCAGAAGCUGGUAGCCUCUCAGGGAGUGGUGGAAGUAACACCACCGUUUCCUUGGAAACACUGCAUCAGUUGGCAGCCUCAUACUUCAUUGAUCGGGAAAGCACCCUGAGACGUCUCCACCAUAUCCAGAUAGCAACUGCUGCAAUCAAGGUUACUGAAACCAGGACGGGCCCUCUUGGCUGCAGUAAUUAUGACAACCUUGACUCUGUGAGUUCAGUUCUUGUGCAAAGCCCAGAAAACAAGGUUCAGCUACUUGGUCUUCAGGCAGUAUUACCUGAGUACCUGCGAGAACGCUUUGUUGUUGCUGCCCUAAGUUAUAUCACCUGCAAUUCAGAGGGGGAGCUACUGUGCCGAGAUAAUGACUGCUGGUGCCAAUGUGGGUUUAAUUACCCGCAGUGCAAUUGUCCCGAGACUGACAUCCAGAGUAUGGAAGACAGCCUUCUCCAGAUCCAGGAAAUCUGGGAGAGUCAUAACCAACAGUUUCGGGAAUCAGAGGAACUACAGUCUCUUGUGAAGAAGCUGCCAGUGGAUCGCUUCUUGAACAUAACUGCCAUCUCCCAAUAUUGGGCAGCGGAUGUUGAUAUUCAGCAUCGCUAUCAAAAAUUGGGCAUGACUUUGAAGAUGCUAUCUAAGAAAAGCCAUCGGAUUGUCCGACGCCUUUUCAAUCUGGCUAAACGCUGCCCCAGGCAACCUCGCUUCAAACUCCUAAAGGAGAGGCCUUUGACCUACUGGUGGAGCCACGUUCAGUCUCUCCUUUACUGCAGUGAGGCCUCUGUGCUAGGGACAUUUGUUGAAGAAAGCCGCAGCUGCAUCUGCCCUAAUGAUCAGCCCUCUUGUCAGGUCACCAUCCCUUGUGCUGCAGGAGAAGGGCCAGAAUGUGCUGCCUGUGCAGAAGAUAACAUCACCCAGUGUGGAUCCUGCAAUCCUGGCUAUAUCCUCACUUUAGGGUUGUGCCGCCCAGAGGUGGCAGAGUCUCUUGAGCAUUACCUAGGGCUAGAAACAGACCUGCAGGAUUUGGAGCUCAAAUACCUUCUGCAAAAGCGGGACAGCCGCAUUGAAGUACAGUCAAUCUUCAUUAGCAAUGAUAUGCGCCUGGGGACUUGGUUUGACCCUUCCUGGAGAAAGAGGAUGCUGGUGACACUGAAAAGCAACAAGUACAAGCCAAAUUUGGUCCACCUCAUGCUGGCCCUCUCCCUCCAGAUCUGCCUCACCAAGAAUAGCACCUUGGAACCAGUCAUGGCCAUCUACGUCAACCCCUUUGGGGGUAGCCAUUCCGAGAGCUGGUUUAUGCCUACCAAUGAGACUGGCUUCCCUGACUGGGAAAGGACUAAUGUAGAUGCCUCUGGCCAAUGCCAAAACUGGACUCUCACUUUAGGCAGCAAGUGGAAGACCUUUUUUGAAACAGUCCAUGUCUAUUUGCGUAGCCGCAUCAAAUCUCUUAACGACAGCUCUAAUGAAACCAUCUUUUAUGAGCCUUUGGAAACGGAUCCUUCUAAGAACUUAGGGUAUAUGAGAAUCAAUAGCUUACAGGUCUUUGGCUACAGCCUGCCAUUUGAAUCUGAUGCAAUUCGGGACCUUGUCCUUCAGCUAGAUUACCCCUAUACACAAGGCUCGCAGGACUCUGCUAUAUUACAACUGAUUGAGAUCAGGGACCGAGUGAACCGUCUCUCUCCACCCGGGAAAAGCCGCAUUGAUCUUUUCUCUUGCUUGCUUCGGCAUAGGCUCAAACUGGCCAACAAUGAAGUGAGUCGGAUCCAGUCUACCCUGCAGGCCUUCAAUGCCAAGCUGCCAAACCCAGUGGAAUAUGAGACUGGAAAACUCUGCAGCUAGCCUUAGGAGUGGGUAGGGCUACUCCUGUAACCCUGGAGAGGAAAAGAAACUGCAACAAUCAAAGGCCUUACUUUCAUGCCAGCCAUUAAAUUCCAUGAGACAGCCAACAACCUUCCUCAGAUGAUUGCAGGCUCUGUGAACUUUGGAAAUAAGUUAUGGCACAUCAAUCUUUGGAAUAGUUUAUCUAAGAAGAGGCCACAAGGCAGUGCCGAUGCAAAUGUCCUACUCAAACACUGAACAUUUUCCCUUUCCUGCUGACUGCAUCAAGAAACUAUGAAGGAACCUGUAGACUGGGAAAAAGAAAGUGACUGAAAGCAGCAUGACAGGAACGGCAAUAAAGCCUUUUGCUCGUGUCUGGCAGUUUUGGCUAGUAAGCCCUUAAAAAGAUGAUGAAGAAGAGUUAGACGUAUUCUUGCAGGGGUUUCAAGAAAGCCUAGUUUGAAAACCCU